AUGCAACGCCACGACCUUCUGGAGGAAAAGCCGGCCUUCAUCCGCACCGACCGGGAGGCUAAGAUCGCACAGAUUUUUGAAGAUAUCGGCUUAAACGGCGCAAAGAUGAGUACUUUCAACAACCCGGGCCCUCUGGAGAUGAUGGUUCGCAAAAGCACCAAUGGUGAGACCUGGGUUCAGCACGUCCUCGAGGGAUUGACGA